AUGAAGAAAAAGGCUCCUAUCAGAAAAAGAAUGAACUAUGAAGAGGCAUUGAAAAUAGCAGCAAAAGAAGAAGUAAUUGUUAUUGGAAUAAACUAAAGGUGGCUUUCUUUGGUUAAUGUUCGAAGUUCAAGGAAAGACCAACUGACCCAGCUCCAGUUGAUAGGGCAAUACAUUUCCUCUUUUUGAAGGAGAAUGUAAUUUACUUCAUUCUUCCACAACUUAGAAUGUAGACAGAAAGACAGCUUUACAAUUUGGAAUGCGAAGACUCUGUAAAAUUGAUAGCACUCGACAAUUUGAUGGUCCUGCUGAUCACAGAAUCAUGAAGACUAAUAAAUUGCUCUCUGGAACUAUAAAUGGAUGGCAUAAUGGAGCUGCAGAGGCUAAGUUUGAUCUAGGUUCUGGUUAUACUAUUGAUGUUGGCAAACAACAUGAUCAUAGUUUUCAUUAGAAAAAUAAUUAUCCUAUCGAUUUAAGAGUGUAAACUUCAGAAAGAGAUAAGAUUACUAUGUAAAGAUUUGAAUUCUCUAAGUUCAACUCAGAGAGAUUGACGUAAGAAUUAUGUAAAUUAAAGGAGAACACUUAACAAAAAAAUAAUCAGCCCAAAUUAUAUGUUGAAGUGGCUGGAUAAAAGAUAUUUCAUCUUCUGGAUCAAGACAACCAUAAACCCUCACUUCUUUAAGAAUUUCAAGCCUUCUCAACAAUCGAAGAUCUAGUGAAAUUGCAUCAAGUAAAAUCACUUGAUAAGAUUGAACCAACCAGUCAUCUUCAAGAAUCAAGUACCUCAAGAUCCAGAUAAAGAGCAAUGACUAAUUUACAAGAUCAAAGAUAUAUGCAGUUUUAAAAAAAGAGGUUGUCAGCAUAUACGUAGGAGGACUCUUAAAAAAUAUACAAAAAAUUGUUAAAGCAAUUAAGAUCAGAUGACUAAUAUGUUAUAAGUUCUGGGAAACAUAAAAGAAUACAUUAUGGAUUAUAAGUGAAUCCUCCAAAUACUUCCAGAAGAAAUUCACCGUAGUCUUUCUUCUUCAAUCUUACUAACAAAUAAACAAUUCCUUCCAAUACCAGCAUUAGCAAUUCGCAAUAAAACUUUGAUUCAAGUUAUAAAAAACCACUGAUUCAACGAGCUUCAUAAUUAGAAAAAGCAACGGGUUGUUUAGAAUAGAAAGUAGAAAACUUUAUUAAACAAAGACUUAUUAUUUAAAAUUCUAAGUCAUUAUCUCCAGAAAUAGAUUGUACUAAUUUACAAUUCAAAUAGGAUGUAAUUCAUAAUAUUAUGUUAGUUAUUCAAAUAAUUGAAAUAAAAAGAAAUUUAAAGAAUAUCGAAAGUAAGGAUACAUUCUUAGAGAUGA